UUGGUCAGUGUGUGUUUAGCUCCAGUUCUCUCUUUGGAUUAAUGUGUGUGUUUGGGUCCUCAGUCAGAAUGCAGGUGUGUUUUCUUCUCCUCCUUAUACAGCUUCAUGUCACUGAAGGCUGCAGACUGGAAGGAAAGGGAAGGACAAAACGGAUCACUGCAUACACAGGAGGUUCAGUACUGCUGCCCUGCUCCUGCACUGACCUCCACACCAAACCUGAGACACUCACAUGGAAGAAAUACACAAAUGAAACUAAUAACUGGGUAGAGAUAUCUCCUGAGAGAGAGCAGUACAAAGACAGAUUUCAGCUGGUUAAUGAUCUCUCUUCAGGAAAUCUCUCUCUGCUCAUAUCACACCUGACUAAAGAGGAUGGAGGAGUUUACAGGUGUAGACUUAAUGAGAGUGAAUACAGAGACUUCAGACUCACUGUUAAAGGUUGCAAACUGACUGUGACUGGAUACGUGGGACAGUCUGUCCUUCUGCCCUGCUCCUGCUCUGAACUACAAGCCAAACCACACACUUUCAGAUGGGUCUAUAUUAAAGGAUCUGACCGCAAAGAAAUCUUCCCAAAGGACGAGACAAAUCGCUACACAGACAGAGUUCAGAUCUUUAAUGAUCAUCUUCCAGGAAAUCUCUCUCUACUCAUAUCACACCUGACUGUAGAGGAUGGAGGAAAGUACAGGUGUAAGAUCACCAACACUAGCGAUACAAACAUCCACCUCACAGUAAAAGAGCGUCUUCCCUUCGUCCCCUUCGCCGUGGUGACUGUGAUCUUUCUGCACAUCAUCGUGGCUGUGGUCUAUUGCAGAACCAGAAAGAAAGGUCCUGAUAGAGUUUAUUACAGCAGAGCUGAUGGAGAUGGAGCAGUGAGUCUGCAGUAGAGAAGAACUCGAUCAGCUGACCAUCAACACAUUAAUAAACAGAUUUAUUCAUAAAUAGUCCUGCAUAAGUAGUUCUGUAAAUAACGGAGCUUCAUUUUUUAUUCACGAUUUGUUCUUUCCAACCUUUUAGACUUUCAGCUUUCAUUUUCUGCCUAAUAAUAUUUUAAUUAAUCAUAGAAUAUGUGUGAUGAGAGCAUAAAAACACAACCGUCUUUAAUAAUAAAAGAAGAUUUAGUGAUUAACUGAGGCCGCGUUCACAUUACAAGUUUCUUUACAAAAUACUGAUUUUCGCUCAGAUCGGAUCUGUCCAUCUCAACAGUUCACAUUUGUAACUGCAACUUGUAGGAAGUCAUUAAAUAUAUCUAUAGCAUAAACUGAUAAAUAUGACACUUCAUCCUUUCAUUAGUAUCUCAGAGGAAUAACUAAGACUGAAAAGAGAUAACACACUCAUCAUCAAUCUGUAUGUAGACACACCACCGAUGACCUCGCAAAGAAAACAAACACGACUCUGGAGGAGUCUGGAACAUUCCACAGCCACAAGUACAAAUGUGUAUCAGCUGAGUGGAGUACAAGUUUGAAAGAAUAAACAUCACCCACCUUGAUAAAAGGUUCUCCACUCUCAACAUCUCAUCCUGCUCUUUCUCCUCACGUCUGCACAGAACCAAAACCCGACUUCUCCUCCAACUCCUUCUCCUUCACGGUGGAGUCACGUGACCCGCAGUUAGUCCACUUUUGCUGCCCGCUUAAUGUUGAUGUACAAACAUUAGAAUAAUUAUAUCUCUAUAUUUAAUCGCCUCAUCAGCGCCCCCUUG